GUGACGACGCCGCCCUCACCACGCUGACGUGUGUGUUGCGUGCGUGCGUGUGUGCGUGUGUUUGUUAGGAGCGUUUUGAAAAAAUCGCAAAUCGUGUAAAAGAGAAGAAAAGAUGAUCAGGACGUCGGGACUUCCUACGAGUCCUUCCACAUGGCUCCUUCGAUCCUUAUGUCUCUUUUGGCUCUUUACGGCUCUUCCUCCCCUUCAGGACGAUGUGGGUGCCGCGGGAGUGGAGGUGGUGGAGGCGGCGGCGGCGGCGAUGGUGGGAGACUGUCUAAAGCCGCGGGACGGAGACGGAGAUGUGAAGAAAGUGGAGUAUAUCACGCCUAAAAAGGAGGUGGAGGAGGAGGAAGCCCAAAGACCCUUAGGCAACAGUCACGAGGAGUCAGACGUACCUUUUCACACCUCUGACGGCGGAGACAAUGGGGAAAGGCGAGCGAGUGCAAAGACUAAUGGUAAACAGAACACCACCUCGAUGUCAUCUCCAGCAAAGAAUACGAGUGAGGUGGUGCUGGAGAACGUGGAGCGAAUGGUGAUCAGCGUGGUGAAGCGGGACACGGUGAGGGUGAGCGGAGAGGGAGGCGUGAGUCGGCACAGGUCACUCUCCGGCGCCUACCUCCACGAUAGCCACACCAGACGCGUCCGCCACCGCAGGCACAAAGAGGCACAAAGAAACACCUCCGUCGGCCGGCAUCAUCACACCCUGCCGACGGGGUUGAACUACUUAUGGGAGGAGAGACAGGGCACCACCGAGGAGGCGUUUAACCAUGAGGACAGAGUAAUGAAGGGCGGGAGAAGGGUAGAAGCCAUCCCAGGAGCCACUAUCGCCGACGAGGAACAGACGGAAGGCGAGGACACGGCUUCCCUACCCAAGUUCUUAGUUCGGAGGAUUAAGCCAAAAUUCCACCGCAAAAACGCCCCGUCGGAAACCUUCGCCAAGAAAAUGAACUUCAAAGGUUACUUCGCGGAGGAGAACGUUGAAGGUGAGGAGGAGGAGGAGGAGGAGGAGGAGGAGGUAAAACAUGCAGCCGAAGAGAUGAUGGUGGAGGAGAGUGAGGAGGCGGUGGAUAUGGAGGAGGAGGAUUUGUGGGAGAGCUCUCUCACGGCUUAUCUCUCGCUGCAAGAUGACAACGAUGAUGAUAUCCCCAACGACCUGACCGCUGCUGACAGGGAGGAACUGACCAACCUUGUGGGGUCCCCCGUCACCUCCAUGUUCCCCCCAACACAAGUAAUGUCACCCCCCACCACCGCCGCCACCCCCACCACCACGACCACCACCACCACCCCCACCACAACCACAACCACAACCACUACACCAAUGACUACUACCACCUCUACAACCACCACAACCCCUCCACCUACUACCACUACUACUACCACUACGACGACUACUACCACCACCACCUCAGUGCCUGAUCACGGCAACGGGAAAGAAAACGAGCAUACAGAAGGCGAAGAGGACAAAGGAGUGGAAGAUACAGAGAGCCCAGAAGACACCGAAGAACAAAGCGAGGACAAAGAGGACAUUAAUCACCAGAAGACAAAUCUAUCAGUACCCGCGUUCAUCCCCUCCAAGCUGCCCUUCGGCCCCUUCAUCCCGUCCCUGGAUCCGCCGCGGAAGCCGCCUCAAGGGCUGCUGCAUGGCUUUAUCGGCAAGUUCCACCCCUUCUUCCUGACGGGUGAGGACUCCGCCGCCAACAAGCCCAACUCCGGGGACCUGAUGGUGAACAUGCUGUCCCCGCUGGUGGGUUCGUUCCCCAAGCGGACCAAGGCCAAGGGUCACAAGGUCCUCGGGUAUGACCACGAACGAAGCCACAAGGAGGAGCUCUACAACCAGGUGGCCGGCAGCCUCCUCCCUGAGCCUGACUCCAAGGGCGUGGGGCGCCUGCCGGCCGCCUACCCGUCCUUCCCGCUGCUGCGCCACAACAAGCACCAGAUGUUCCUCCACAACAAGAUCCACGGCGGCUUUGCCUUCAUCGACAAGAGUCACGACGACUCCUUGACCCGGACCGAGAACCCGCAGGCCGAGGACUCUCCGCGGGCGCAGAAUCUGGUGGUGUUCGGGCCCGUGGAGGACGACGCCAUCAUGCAGACGAUGCGAAGCUGCGCGCGGCACGUCAAGAUACAGCUCACCGACCACUACAGCGUCGACGACCUGGUGAAGGAGGCGACCAACCCGCUGCGGCAGCUGGUGGUCUACAUCAACCUGAGGAGUAUCAACUACGAGGGCUACGGGCUGGUGCUGGAGCGGAUCAGGCACGUGAUGGACUACCUGGCAAUGGUGCAAGGCGGCCUCACCCUCUACAGCGUUGUCCCCGAGCAGAAGGACGCCAUCAAUACCACCCGCAGCGCUGAGGUCAAGACGCACCUCAUGACGCUCAGCGACUCCGUCCUGGACCACUGCGCUCGCCUCUACCCGAGCUGCUCCAGGGAAUACCACCUCGCCGCCCUCACCUCGCGCCUCCACCAGACCUAUGACAAGGACAGCGGCACCGAUGUGUACCGAGUGGAUGGCCCUGAGAGGUCUGGCUGCUCCUCCAACGAAGUGUGCGGCACCGAGGGGCCCCCGAUCGACGUGGGACCCUUCAAGGCCGACCCAUACGAGCAACUGCGAGAGUUCGGGCGGGCGCUGUGUCGCUCUUCAUACCACGUCAUGAUCGAACUCGAGGCGGACCUUCCUACCUACGACUUUGAGGACGAGAACAGAUUUUGGGAGAAUGCGCGCGAGGAGAGCAUUAGGGUCCGCGCGCAAACAGGUCUGGUGCUUCACGACAUCCUGCCCCGAGAGCUCAAGAAAUACGACAAGAACAGGCCGCCCAAGUACGAGGGUCAGGCCACCAUCGUCUACUUCCACGUCACCGUCCUCUCCGUCGACUCCAUCAACGAGGAAUCCAUGACCUACGUGGCCGAUAUCUUCCUGGCGCAGAGCUGGAGGGACCACCGUCUGCGUCUGCCGGAGAACAUGACGGAGGAGUAUCGCAUCCUGGACGUCGAGUGGCUGCAUAACAUCUGGCGGCCGGAUUGUUUCUUCAAGAACGCCAAGAAAGUGACGUUCCACGAGAUGUCCGUUCCCAACCACUACCUCUGGCUCUACCACGACAAGACGCUGCUCUACAUGGCGAAGCUAACAUUGGUGCUGUCUUGCGCUAUGAAAUUCGAGGCGUAUCCACAUGACACACAAAUCUGCUCCAUGAUGAUUGAAAGCUUGUCCCAUACGACCCACGACUUGGUCUUCAAGUGGAACGAGACGGACCCGCUGGUGGUGAACCCGGACAUCGAACUUCCGCAGCUGGACAUCUCGAGGAACUACACGGAUGACUGUACGCUGACUUACUCGACAGGUAACUUCACGUGUCUGGCGGUCGUGUUCAACCUGCGCCGUCGCCUGGGCUACCACCUGUUCCACACCUACGUGCCCUCCGCCAUCACCGUCGUCAUGUCCUGGAUCUCCUUCUGGAUCAAGCCCGAAGCCAUCCCCGCCCGCGUCACCCUCGGCGUCACGUCACUGCUAACCCUGGCCACCCAGAACCAGCAGUCCCAGUCGUCGCUGCCGCCUGUGUCCUACAUCAAGGCCAUCGACGUGUGGAUGUCUUCCUGCACCGUCUUCGUGUUCGCCUCCCUCCUGCAGUUCGGUCUCGUCAACUACUUCAUGGACGCCGAGCCACUCAGCAGAGACAUGGCGGGAUACUCUGUCGAGGACCUCACCGAUCUGGACGAAAAGAAGUCAGAGGACGAGCGGCUGAACGGCUACUCGCGAACCAGGAGUCGAAGUAGAAGUCGCAUGCGUUCCCACAGCCCCGGGGUUCCUCAGUACGUGGUUCACCGCUGCACGGGCAAAGACAUCGCCCUCUACAUCGACAAGUUCUCCCGCGGGUUCUUCCCCUUCGCCUUCUUCGUCCUCAACAUCUCCUACUGGACGACCUACGGCACAAUGUAAACACGUCCUCGUCCUUUGUUCUUUGUUCUUGUUCUUGUUUGAAUCUUCCUCGUUUCGUUAUUUAGUCACUGAGGGAUAUUUGUUUUUCUUGUUCUUUUUGUUAUUUUUCGUCUCGUUCUUAUUUUUCUCCUUCCUCAGUGUUUGUUUGUGUUUCUCCUUACCUCAGUUUUUCUUCUGGUUCUUGUGCCUGUCUUUCCCCGACGUCCUCCUCCUAUUUCUCUCCUAUUCUAUUAACUUCUCAUAUCCGUUAAUCCUACCCGUUUCCAAGGCCUGUUUCUUCUUUUUCCUCGGCCUUCUUUCUCAUCCAUAUUCUUCUCUAUAGCUGUGUGUGUGUGUUCUGAGCCUCCUCCUCCUCCUCCUGUCCUAUUCUCCUGUUAUGAAAAAAAGUUAAAUUCUUGGACUCACUGUGUGCGCGCCUCCAUCUCUUGAACCAGGAAAAAAGCAAUGAUUGUUUUCCCUGUGCGUGCGUGCCGAAGUCCAUGCAUAAACUGACCUUGAAUCCCCAACAAGCCGGCAGAAACAUUAACAAACAGACAAACAUUGACUUACUAAUGCUGUGUGAGUGGUUAAAGUCUUGCUUGGGCUUAUGAGUGAGUGAGAGAAGGGAGAAGUGGACGGCAGGAAAAGAAAGUUGAAAGUUCUAUGAAAAAAAAAAGUGUAUAUACGAAUAGCCAUCUCCCUCUCUCUCUCUCCUCUGAUCUACCUCUUCCCUAAUUACUCCUUCCUUCCUUCCUCCUUCUUUCUCAGUGUUGACGUGCAGCGAGAAAGAAGGAAGAGAAGAACGGUUAAUGAAAAUUUUAAUAUGGAGGAAAACGAAUAGGGAUUAAAAAAGAAAGGAAUUAGCUGCAAUGUUAUGGAGAUCAUGUUUUUUGUUUUGUAUUUUGUUUUCGUUAUAUUUUUGUGAGUUUGAACCAAAAAAUAAUAAAUAUGUGUGUGCGUGGUGUGUAUAAACGUGAUGCGAUGAAAAUGUAUAUUCGAUUAACUUAUGUAAUUCUAUGAAAAUUCUCUCUCUCUCUCUCUCUCUCUCUCUCUCUCUCUCUCUCUCUCUCUCUCUCUCUCUCUCUCUCUCUCUCUCUCUCUCUCUCUCUCUCUCUCUCUCUCUCUCUCUCUCUCUCUCUCUCUCCAGUCUUUUGUAGCUAUUAUUAACAUCCUUUUCAGUAGUCACGAAUUAUUGAAACGAUCGAUGGCUGGGCCGAAAACUGUAAGGCCGAACACGCUCUGAAAGGCUGCAUCGUCUUAUCUGUCUGCUUGUAUGACCUAUAUACCAAAGGCAGGAAGCGUAAAAACCGUAUCAGUUAAAUAAACCUUAUCUCUACGUGCA